AAUCCCUUUGCUGGUGGAGUCAGAUUUGCUACAACCCCGUCGCCUCCCGGCAGGAAUGGUUCAGCAAUGAAAAAAGGAACUACCUGAAAGCUUCUGAAGUCCUGAUGACUUACUUGCACAAGCCUUCAGUUUACUUAUUUCAGGAAGUUACAAAGGCUGACCCAUGGGUAAGAAGUAAGAGAGAGAUGAACUUCUUCCUGUUCUUCGGGGCUCAGAACUGGAGCUAUAAAUGACAGAAGUCUCGUUAUUUAGCAAAUGUACUGUUCCUUUACAUGGCUCUUUCAGUGGUUGGUCAGAAAACAACUGAAUUUCACAUAGGAAGAUCUUUCUGAGUGAGAGAAAAAAGAUCCUUCACAAGACAGCCCAAGAUGGAUAAUGACACUUCCACAACCUACUAUGAUGUUUUAAUAGAAGAUGACUUCAGUGAUGAUGUGACAGACCAGUGCCAUAAACAUGACGACAAAGUCUUCACAGCACAAUUUCUGCCCACAAUUUACUCCUUGAUAUUUAUAUUCGGCCUGGUAGGCAAUGCCCUCCUUGUGCUAAUCCUGGUCAAAUAUAAAGGACUCAAAGAAGUGGUGGACCUCUUUUUCCUAAACACAGUCAUUUCUAAUUUCCUUUUCUUGGUCACCUUCCCUUUCUGGAUUCACACUGCAACACACAGCUGGGACUUUGGAGAUACAAUGUGUAAAAUGGUUUCCGGGUUCUACUCAGUGGGCUACUAUGGAUACACGUGUUUCCUGCUACUUUUGAUAAUACAUAGGUACCUGGCAGUUGUCCACAUGGGAAGAUUUCAUUUGGCCGCCAAGAAGACCACCUAUGGCAUCAUUACAAGCAUGUGGGGACUAGCCACACUAGCCUCUUUACCAGAAUUGGUGCUUUCCCAAGUUCAAACGGAAGGCAGAGAUGACGUCUGCCGCUUUGUUCGACCUCAUUAUCCUCUAGGGGAUGAGAAGUUCUGGAAGCAUUUUCUGACUUUAAAGAUGAACAUUUUGGGAUUUCUCAUCCCACUGUUUGUUGCUAUCUUUUGCUACUGGAGAAUUAAAAAAACAUCAAGAUAUAAGGAGAAAAAGUAUGGACUUUUAAGACUUAUUUUUGUCACGUCACUUGUUUUUAUGGGGUUGUGGACACCUUACAACCUAGUGCUUUUCCUUAUGACUUUUCAAGAGCACUUGAACCUGAGUGAUUGUGAGAGCAGCUAUCACCUGGACACAGCAGUCCAAGUAACCAAAAUUAUUGGCAAUACUCACUGCUGCAUUAAUGCUGUGGUCUAUGGGCUUCUGGAUGAGACAGUUCGAAGACACCUCUAUAGCCUUUUCCAUCUCCAAAAUAACACUGACGGUCAUUUGAGGGAGGCUCCAGAAGAGCGAUCUCCGACAACAAAAGGACCACUGUACCAUUCCACUAAAUUUUAAACCAUAUUCAGUGUAGGCUAAAUAAAUAAAAUUCCCUUGAUUUCAUUUA